AUGGAGUGCCCCCACGACGGGUGCGGGAGCGUGGUCGCCUACAACGAGCUCCACGACCACGAGCUCGCGUGCCCACACAGCCCGUGCGACUGCACAGAGGCCGGCUGCGACUUCUCCGCCUCGCCAGCAGCGCUCAUCACCCACCUCAGAGAAAUCCAUUCGAUUUGUGUGGACAUGAUCCCGUACGGCACCGCGAUGGCGUUCAUCACGGUGCUGGCACCGCCAGAGCCAAGACGUCCGGUCAUCUUCUACGGGAACGAUGGUACCGUGUUCGUCUGGCACACAUAUACGCAAGUCCAGCCGAAAAAUGGAUGCGUGCUGGCCAGCCUAUCCGUUGAAUCCUGUGCAUCUGGCUUUGGCUUGGAUCAGCUCGGCCACAUUGAGCUUAUCUGCUCAUUUUACCUUUCCAUUUGA